GAAAACACUAUGUGUUAGUAAAGUUUAGACCAAGGUUUUGCGGUCGUUCGUGGAUUAAACAUCUGGAAAUCGUUCCGAUGUGUAAUCACUGACCAUGGGGGUGGCUGACCGUUACUGGCACAACCUCCUCAUCUGUAUUAUUGUAUUAUGUGUAACUGGUAUGUCCGCUGGAGAAAAUGAAAUAGUUUUGACUAAAACCUACCAAAGAGGCACCAAAACAUGUUUCCCAGUCUUCAACUGUCACCAGGGACAGCAGAUCAAGGAGUGUGCUAGCAGUCUGGCGCAGGAAACUUGUGAGCCAUGUCCAGGAGAUGAAGUCCAGCCAGACCUUAUAUCAUCUGUCCUAAAACUUGAUAGUCUCCGCAAGUGCUUCAAGCUGCAAGAGGCCAGGUGCUCCACCAGAGACACGGUACCAGCUCGAGAAAAAGACGGGAAGAUAUUCUGUGCUAAGUUCUGCAAGUGUGACAUUACUAAAUGUUUCUGGGGAGAAACAUCAUGUGAAUGUGAUAAAAAGAAAGAGGGAUGUCCACCAAAUUAUCAGCUCAAUGGGAUAACUGGUGAUUGUGAGCCGUGUCCUGAAUUAACAUACAAACAUGGCAACAAUUGUGGUCCAUGCGAGUUCAAUGAAACGGCUUUCCGAAUUUUUGUGAAUGGAAUCCCAACUGAUACUACUGCAACUCCAGCACAAACUACGCCAGCACCAACUACACCCAAGGUCAAACCAACAACUUCAUCAAAACCUACUGAUUCUCCAACCAGUAAAGCUGGCAGUCAUAACCAUGGUGGGAAGGAGGGACUUUCAUCUGUUGCAAUCAUUAUCAUCGUUGUUUUGUUGAUUGUGCUGCUGAUUCUGAUAGGAAUUAUGGUAACCUUCAUCUGUUGCUACUGUAGAGGGAAAAGGUGCAGGGAGAUUCUUAAGAGACCAUUUGCCAAUGGCCAGUUAAUUGGUCAAAUGAAUGGCAAUCACUUAAACGGCCAGAUCACAUGUGACGAGAAGCUGUAUGAAGAGAUGGCUAACAUAUCAAAUAAUAUUGGCCAUGAGCGCCAGCCGUUGGUCCCCCCAACCCUUCCACCACACCCAAAUCUUUCACCAACAAGGGUUGACAACCAGCCGCCUCCGCCUCCACCUGAGUGGUCUCCAACCAAUAGCAGCUACAUGAGUGCCAUUCCAAGAGGUCAAGAUGUCCUGAGGGUGACCCUACCACGACAGAUCUCUCACCCUGUUCAGGACACAACACCACACACUCCUGGAAGUGGUGGCAGUGCAAGCAACAACUUCGAAGCCAUGAAUCAAUUUCCAUCGGAUGGUUUUCUGUCUCCUGCACCUGGUUUCAGUCAAGUGCCAAUUCACCCCACCGAUGAUCGUGUGUCUGAUGGUAUCACUGAAGUAAAACAGCAGUCUUCACCUAUUCCCUGCACUGAGGAGAAUAACAUCCUUCCAGCAUUCCCUACAAACCUAUCCGAUGAAGAGUUUGUUCAUCGCAACCGAGCCCAAUUUAUGCCAGGCGAGAGAGCUCUAGAGCAUGGUGAAUGUGCAGCCAAGGAGAAUGAAGAAGAAACCCAGCCUAAGAUUGGCAACCAGUCAGCUAAUUCCUCCUUACAGAGGCCAGGAAAUGAUCACUUUGUGUCAUUGAAUCAAGGCACAGACAAAAAGCAUUUGAUGCCAAACUAUACUGAAGUGGAUAAAGCGAAAGUAAAUCAUUCUACAGGAGACAAAGUGAGAGAUGGAGCAAACUAUAUGGGUGAUGCAAAACUUUCACCAAAUUAUGUUGACAUGGAGAAAAAACCAAAUUCUAAUUCUGAUGACAAGGAUCCUUAUCAGGAUGAAGCAUAUGAAAGUGUGGGGCCCUCCAAUUAUACACAUGUGACAAAGGACACUAAAGACAGUUCUAUAACAUCAGAUCACUCAGUUGCUUCUGGCAAGAGCUGACAGACUGACCCAGCUCUGUUUGUAUAGCACGAGGAUGAAGAUGACUGCAGAACAACUAGCAUGUUUUCUUCUUCGUUGUGAAGAAUAGUUGUCAUGAUUGUGCAAUGUAUUAGGACUAUGUAUGUGCUUUGCUGGGAUUGGUAACCAAUUACCAAAAAUCUAGCUUAGAAAACAUUAGAAACAUGGUGCAAUACCUAGAGCCAGUCAGUGACGAACUCAGUUUAAAAUGUCUUUAACCAAAACAUCAGUCAUGACAAGUUCAGAGUCUCUCCCCUUAGACUUUAACCCAAUGCAUUGAAGUGCUUUUUCAUUCAUCAUUGAUCUGAGAAAGAUGGGCUUCUCAAAUGACAUUGACCUAACAAUGAAGGGAAUUGUCAAAUGACAUUGGCCUAGCAAUAAAGGACUUUGUCACAUGUCAAUAAUCUGACAAUGAAGGGCUUCUCAAAUGACAUUGACCUAACAAUGAA